CUCUCAACUACACUAUAGCUACUUCUACUUCUAGUAAGAGCAACAAAGCCAUAUAUCAAGAGAGAGAGGUUGCUUAGUUGCUCACUAGCUCACUUUCUUUUUCUUUUCUUGCUCAUCACAAAUUUCAUGCCAAUUUAGAAAUGGAAGAAGUUGAUCACAAAUCAAACCACAAGUGCAAAUUCUGCCGCAAAAUAUUCCCCUGCGGCCGGUCCCUCGGUGGCCACAUGAGGUCUCACUUGAUCACCUCCAACGACGAACCAUUGUGCACGAAAAAGAAGACGAAGAAGCGAUCUCAAAGGUACUCGGACGAUUCCUCCCUUGAUCUCUCCUCCUCGUCCGAACAGGAGGAGGUCGCCUUCACUUUGAUACUCCUCUCCAUGGAUUGCACCAAUUCCGACACCAACAACAAUAACAGAAUCAAGAGCAAUCAGAAUGAUCAAUCCGAGGUUAACAAGUUUAGGUGCAUGAUUUGCAACAAGGCCUUCUCUUCCUACCAAGCAUUGGGUGGCCACAGAGCCAGUCACAAAAAGUUCAAAGGUUGUUGUGCUCCGACCAGUCUUCAAGAUUGCAAGAAAAGCAAAGAUCAUGAGUGCCCAAUUUGCUUCAAGAUCUUCCCAUCAGGCCAAGCAUUGGGUGGUCACAAAAGAUCCCAUUUGAUCAACACCGCUGACCAUCUUCGUGUCGAAGAGACACAAACUCCACAAGUUCGACGUUUUCUUGACCUCAACUUGCCUGCCCCUGUCGAGGAAGAGUGCAACGUUGAGUUGAAGCCGUGGUGGAUUGGCGCGGCUCGGCCUAAUCUCCGGCUGAAAUGUGUAUAGAUUCAUUCAUUUUUGUCAUAAUAUUAUCACUAUUAAAAUGCUUAUUUUGCUGCUUGUUCAAUUUUGUGUAACUUGCUUUUGCUCUUAACAAAAUUGUGAUGUAGUAAUUAUUUUGACUUGGGUGGGAAGGGAAAAGGGUCUUGGAGUCUCGUUUUUUUAUCAUCCGGAUGAGAAUGAUGAUGGUAGUAUGCGUAUGUACUGAUGAAAUGAAAUAUGAUACGAGAGAGGAAAUUGGGCAGUGUUUUGUAGUGGAAAGGAAAGGGAAAGAAGGAUUUGCAAGUGAAGUAAAGG